CAUCUCAAGGAAUAUUAAACACACUACACUACUUCUUGAGCUAUUACUAGAGUUUUCUACUCCAUAACGAUUUAAUGGCUCCAAGAAACUCUCUUGCACUCUUCCUAUCGCUCAACCUCCUCUUCUUCACUUACACUUCUGCCACAUGCCACAAGUGCCUCUCUUCCACGCCAACUACCCCGACCACCCCGACCACGCCAACUACCCCGACCACCCCGACCACGCCAACUACUCCGACCACCCCAACCACCCCCAACACAGGUUCUUGUCCUAGAGAUGCGCUAAAGAUCGGUCUUUGCGCUAAUGUUCUCAAGCUAGUGGACCUAACUUUGGGAAACCCACCCGUAAAGCCAUGCUGCACGCUCAUCGAAGGCUUGGCUGACCUUGAGGCUGCAGUCUGUCUUUGUACCGCGCUCAAGGCUAACAUUCUUGGUAUCAACCUUAACCUACCUAUCAGUCUCAGCGUACUCCUCAAUGUAUGUAGUAGAGAAGCUCCAAAGGAUUUCCAAUGCGCAUAAGCUAAAUACUUAUGACAUAUCUACAAGCAUCCCUAUUAAAAAAAAAGAAUCAUAUGUUAAUGUUUGAACCUGUUUUUUUAUCUUCUUGUUUGUAUUUUUCUUGUUUAAAAUGAUGAAUGUAACGUUCUCAUGCAAUAAAUGGACUAUGGGGUUUGUGUGUGUAAUCGGCAAGUUUAUACUCCUUUGCUUCAUUUUUCCUAAGUCACUUCUUUGUAAUCGUGUCUUCUGAUAUUGGUUAAUAAAAUUAUCAAUCGAUGUUUUGU